AGGUGCAGGGGUUGCGGGGGCGACCGGGACACGUGCACCGCGCGCCCCGCCAAGCAGAUGGCGUGGGGGGAUGGGUCGGAGCCAGGCGUCGGUUCGGGGUUUCUAGUUCCGAUCCCCAGAUUCCAAGCAUUCGAAGAACGAGGUACUUGUGUUGGGGACGACCACGCCCUCCCGCCGGUCUCCGCGCAGCUGCGAAAGCUCUGGGAUCCGGGGUCCCGGGAGCGGCACCGAGGGCAGCCGGCACACCCCGACCCAGCAGCCCUCCGCAGCCGCCGGUCCAGGCCGCCCUAGCGGCCCCCAUCGCUCGCGCGCUCAGUGGGCGUGGCGCGGCCGUGACGUCGCACCGCGUCGAGUCCCCGCCCCCUUCCGGGCCAGUAUAAAAGACUUCGCCCGGCGUUCGCACUCGCACAAGUGCAGGGAGGCAGCAGCUUGGGGUUUGUGGCGAGGCGGCGGCGGGGCUGGAGGACUCAAGGGUCAGGGCCAGGGCCGGUGGGCACUCGUGUCCCGACUUCGGAGACGCCAGCGGGCACUUCGGGGCGGCGAGGUGACGAUGGAACUCUUACGGACUAUCACCUACCAGCCGGCCGCCGGCACCAAGAUGUGCGAGCAGGCGCUGGGCAAGGCUUGCGGGGGCGACUCGAAGAAGAAGCGGCCGCAGGCGCCCCCCGAGGAGCCGCAGGCACCGCAGCCUUCGGCGCCAGUGCCCCCGGCGGUCCACCACCACCACCACCAUCACUCGCAUUCGAGCACCGAGAUCUCCCGGAUUAUCGUCGACCCCACGACGGGGAAGCGCUAUUGCCGGGGCAAAGUCCUGGGGAAGGGUGGCUUUGCAAAAUGUUACGAGAUGACAGAUUUGACGAACAACAAAGUCUACGCUGCAAAAAUUAUUCCUCACAGCAGAGUAGCUAAACCUCAUCAAAGGGAAAAGAUUGACAAAGAAAUAGAGCUUCACAGAAUCCUUCAUCACAAGCAUGUAGUACAGUUUUACCAUUACUUUGAGGACAAAGAAAACAUUUACAUUCUUUUGGAGUACUGCAGUAGGAGGUCCAUGGCUCAUAUCUUGAAAGCACGAAAGGUGUUGACAGAGCCAGAAGUCCGAUACUACCUCAGGCAGAUUGUGUCUGGACUAAAGUACCUUCAUGAACAAGAAAUCUUGCACAGAGACCUCAAGUUAGGGAACUUUUUUAUUAAUGAAGCCAUGGAACUAAAAGUUGGGGACUUUGGUUUGGCCGCAAGGCUGGAACCUUUGGAACACAGAAGGAGAACAAUAUGUGGCACUCCAAAUUAUCUCUCUCCUGAAGUCCUAAACAAACAAGGACAUGGCUGUGAAUCAGACAUUUGGGCUUUAGGCUGUGUAAUGUAUACAAUGUUACUAGGAAGACCUCCGUUUGAAACUACAAACCUGAAAGAAACCUACAGGUGUAUCAGAGAGGCAAGGUAUACGAUGCCAUCUUCUUUGUUGGCUCCUGCAAAGCACUUAAUAGCCAGCAUGUUAUCCAAAAAUCCAGAGGAUCGUCCCAGUUUGGAUGACAUCAUUCGACAUGAAUUCUUUUUGCAGGGUUUCACGCCAGACAGACUUUCUUCUAGCUGUUGUCACACAGUUCCAGACUUCCAUCUGUCAAGUCCAGCGAAGAAUUUCUUUAAGAAAGCAGCUGCUGCUCUUUUUGGUGGCAAAAAAGACAAAGCAAGAUACAUCGACACACAUAAUAGAGUAUCGAAAGAAGAUGAAGAAAUUUACAAGCUCAGGCAUGAUUUGAAAAAGACUUCCAUAACUCAGCAACCCAGCAAACACAGGCCAGAUGAGGAACUUCAACUGCCUAGCACAACCAUUGCCAAAUCUGGAACGCCUGCAGUCGAAGGCAAGCAGCAGAUUGGAGACGCUAUUCGGAUGAUAGUCAGAGGCACUCUUGGUAGCUGCAGCAGUAGCAGUGAAUGCCUUGAAGAUAGUACCAUGGGCAGUGUUGCAGACACAGUGGCAAGAGUCCUUCGAGGGUGUCUGGAAAACAUGCCAGAAGCUGACUGCAUUCCCAAAGAGCAGCUGAGCACUUCCUUUCAGUGGGUCACCAAGUGGGUCGACUACUCUAACAAAUAUGGCUUUGGGUACCAGCUCUCCGACCAUACUGUAGGCGUCCUCUUCAACAACGGUGCUCACAUGAGCCUCCUUCCGGAUAAGAAAACGGUUCACUAUUACGCAGAGCUUGGUCAGUGCUCCGUCUUUUCAGCAACAGAUGCCCCAGAACAAUUCAUUAGUCAAGUGACGGUGCUGAAAUACUUCUCUCAUUACAUGGAGGAGAACCUUAUGGAUGGUGGAGAUCUGCCUAGUGUUACUGAUAUUCGGAGACCUCGGCUCUACCUCCUUCAGUGGCUAAAAUCUGAUAAAGCCUUAAUGAUGCUCUUCAACGAUGGCACCUUUCAGGUGAACUUCUACCAUGAUCAUACAAAAAUAAUCAUCUGCAGUCAAAAUGAAGAAUACCUUCUCACUUACAUCAACGAGGACAGGAUAUCUACAACAUUCCGACUGACCACUCUGCUGAUGUCUGGGUGUUCCUUAGAAUUAAAAAAUCGAAUGGAAUACGCACUGAACAUGCUUUUACAGAGAUGUAAUUAGAAGACAUCUUGAAUGGACCCUAUGGGAUUCCUCUUUUCCACUGUGAGAUCUACGGGGAAGCCAGUAGAACGAGCCACAGUAUGUUGACGGAAGUGGACAGUGGUGGUACGAAAACAGUUCCUCUGUGGUCUGCCAGACUGGGUGGGACCAACCAAGCUGAUACUUCAGACAGUCCAGUAGGGAGCCAGAAUGCCUGGACGUACCUGUUUUUAAAAGGUUUUUCAGAUGAUUUCGCAGAAAAGUGCAUUGACUCAACUUCUCUCUGUUGAGAGCAUUUCAGACAGAGGACUUGGAACUGUGAAUAUACUUCCUGAAGGGGAGGGAGAAGGGAGGAAACUCCCAUGUUGUUUAAAAGCUGUAAUUAGAGCAGCUUUUGGCUGCUUAACUGUGAACUCUGCUCAUACAUACUUUUUUUGUUGUUGUUAAUUUUUGAAGACACUUGUGGCUGGAAAAGUGCAUUCCCUGUUAAUAAACUUUUUAUUUAUUACAGCCCAAAGAGCAGUAUUUAUUAUCAACUUUUUUUUUUAUGUUGACCAUUUAAAACUGUUGGCAAUAAAGAGUAUGGAAAAACAGAA